AUGACUCUCUUCUACGAAUAUUCUUAUUAUUUUACUCAAUGUGGAUUCGUUACUACCUCAAUUGCAAACACUCUUUUUAUCUAUUUGACCAUCCUUCACAUCAAAAAAAUCACGGGACCUUAUAAAGUGAUGAUUCUGGUAUUCUCGUUCGUUGGAAUCUUCUUUGCCACAUGGGAACUUGUUUCUAGACCAUUUGCUCAUAAUUACAACAAGGCUUUAAUGUACUUUAGUCUCAAUAGUUGGUUGGAAGGAUCUCCAGAAUUUCUAAAAAUCGCUAUCUGCAUUUAUGCGGCUUUAUACAUCGUUAUCCUGGCAAUCAUUGCUGUUCAGUUCCUUUUUCGUUAUUUCACACUUUGCCGGCCAAAUUUUUCUCGGAAGUUCGGAGGCGCUGGUGUCAUGGUAUGGAUGUUCUACGUUCUUCUUUCUGGCGCGAUAUAUGGAGGAGCCAUGUAUGUCAAUUGUGAUCAUGAUGAGUUCUCUGAUUCUUAUAUGAGAGAUAUAAUAUCUGUCACAUACGAAUUAAACAUAACAAACGUCCCACGAUAUGUCAUAGUUCCAUAUUCCGAAGAUGGAUCAAUUAGGUGGCGAAUCAUAAAGUUCCUCUUGUCCGGAGUAGCUACCAUUGCUCUUCAGUACCUCAUUAUCAUCUAUUGUGGAGUCAGAAUGAAUACUGUUCUUCAAAAGGAGCUUGCUCAACAGUCCGUUGUGAAUCGUAAGCUCCAGAAGCAAUUCUUCAGAGCUCUUGUUGUCCAAACUAUCGUUCCAACGUUACUUUUUGUUUUGCCAAUUGCACCAUUUCUGAUCGGACCCUUGAUUCAACCAUUCUUUUUAUUCGAGAUGAACUUCCAAACCGGAUGGAUGUUGUCAUUCUAUGUUUGUACCCACCAAUUGAUACUAUUGCAUUCAUGCUCAUUGUAUCAGAAUACAAGAAAGCAACAUUGGGUAAAGAUGUUCAAGCCAGUUCUUCCAAAGACAGUUAAGGUCACCAGCGAGAUUUCCACGUCGACUGCUGCAGCUGUCACCAGAUAA